AUGUCUUCAAAUUCCCUUCAAGAAACACAAGAGGAUGAUAAUAUAGAUGAAGAAGAAUUUUUCGCCAACAGUGAAGGGGAUGAAAGUGACCAAGAAAUAGAGACUACUAGCAUAGACAAUAAGUAUGAUGAUAUUAUAUCUGAGCAAAGGAGAAAAUUGGAAGAAAAAAAUCAAAAAACACAGUUUACUUCCUUACAGGAAAUUAAAAACUUUAAUAAUUCUGAAAAUUCGUCGGAUGACAUGGAAUUUUUUGAAAGUAGUGAUGAUGAAAAGGAACAAAACAAACCUGAUGACACUUUCACAGAACAGAAUAAUGAUCAAGAAUUACCUCAAUCAGUAAUAGAUGUUGAUAAAAUCUUACAAGACUACCAAAACUUGAGCCAAUUUGAGGAUGAGGAAAUGAUUCAACAAAAAUCAACUUCAACAAAACGGUCAAUUCACCCUAACAAAAUAUUUAACCUUUCCAUAACAUCUGUUUGCACAUUGUUUGGCAUAUCGUGUGGAUUUAUAAUUUCUCAUUUUACUCUUUAUUCUAUAGGAUUUAUAUCAGUAAUUAUUCUCAUAUCAAUACUAUUAAUUGGAUUAGGAUUUUGGUUUGGAGCUACUGAAGUAAUUGAAGAAAAAGUAACUGUCACACAAGCAAGGUUACCAGUCACUAAUGUCUUGUCCAGAAGGGCGAUAAAUCUUUGGAAAUCAGCAGAAUGUCAAACUCUAUCCCAACAACAGGAGAACACAUCCUCAAAAACAUAUGUUAACGAGGAGACUAGAGAACGGUUUGCAGAUAAAGAUGAUGACGAACAAUUUGAUGUAGAUAUCAACAUUAUCUCCCAAUUAAGAGCAAAUGAAAGUGAUAAUGAUGUUGAAGAAAUCGAUUUUUCUGAUGAUUCUAGUGAUAAAUCUCUCGAUGAAAACGAAAAUAACAUUUAUACAUACUCAGAUAAGGCUAAUGAAAAUUCACAUUCAUCAAAACAACAAAAACCAAAAUUGACUUUUGUGGAUGUUGACUAUACAACAAAAGCAUUACACCCUAGAAAAGUUAAAAGAGGUGGUGAAAAAGACCACACAAUAUAUGGUCCAAUUAUUCCGUCAUUUGUCACUGGAAAAUGGACAAGUUCUAAAAGUGAUGAUUUUGAAAAUUUUGAAGAAGAAUGGAAGAAUUUAUCGAAUAUCAUCUUGAGGGAUGAUUUGGUAGGUCAAAGAAACUCAAUAGUACCAAAUAUUAGAAUGAAAAAUGAAGAUGACUAUAGAUCAAGUAGAAUUUUUACAGAGAUAGAAAUGGGCAAUAUUAAAAAUAAUGUGAAUCAACACCGCGAAGAAUUAUUUAAUUUUGGUGUUGAUAACACACAUUACGAACCUGUAAUUGCCCCACCUAAGGUUAGAGAUUUGUGUAAAAUUAGAAAGCUAGUUUUAAAAUUUGAAUAA